CAAUGCUUGAUCAGCCUUGAUCAAUCGUCUGCUAGAUUGGAUAAGAUUAAGGAGGAGUGGGUUACUUUGUAUAGUUUGCAUGAUAAGCUCAAUGAGAAAGUGAUAGGCAGGAGGUACCAGAUAGCAGCAUCAUCAUUCACGGUACUACUGUACUUGGUGGGAAAUUGCGGUUCCUGUUACUGGAGGUUAAUUGGUACAGCCAGCUAGCUUAGCAGCCUUAGCUUGGCUAGGCUAUAGCCUCGUUCUGUUCAUGGAUCAGCAGCAGUACCCUAGUAGUAGUUCAUCUAGAACUGACAGAAAAACCAUUGAGAAAAACAGGAGGAAUCAGAUGAAAGCCCUAUACUCCGAGCUCAACUCUCUUCUACCCCAUCAACGCUCAAGGGAAGUGACUUCUUUGCCAGAUCAAAUAGAUGAAGCUGUGAACUACAUCAAGAAGUUGCAGACCAACUUGGAGAAAAUGAGGGAGAAGAAAGACAGCCAAAUGGGAGUAGAGCGGAUCACCAUUAACAAUAAUGGAGGUUCUCGUAGGGGAGUAAAUGGUGGCGGGUUAAGAUUACCUCAGAUCGAGAUUCGUGAAAUGGGUUCUGUUCUAGAUGUUGUUCUGAUAACUGGAUUGGAUUUUCAAUUCAUGUUUGAGGGGUCGAUUCGUAUGCUUCUUGAAGAGGGAGCUGACAUUGUAAAUGCCAGUUUCUCAGUUGUUGAAGAUACCAUUUUCCACACCAUACAUUCUAAGAUCGGCGAGUCUGCACCAGGCCCGGUAGCUGCAAGGAUAUCCGACAGACUAAGAAAGUUUGUGAACGAAGCUAGUACUACUGCAUUUUGAAGCCCCUACAUGAUCAGUCACGUACUGUUGCAAUAUAUGUAUUAGAGACAUUUCUAUGUAUCAAAUCUUAUUGUAAGUCGUUUAUAUGUUUCCUCGGCUGCUAGUGAUCUGUAGCUUUACUCUACUGGCUAGCUAGUGCUAUGCUAUAUAUUGAAGUUAAUUUUCGUA